AUGUCGCUAGGCCACUUCAGAAAAGAUCCAGUCGCCGAGAUGGGCGGCGACGAAGACGAUGAUGGACUCAGCGCACAUGACAGCCAAAGUCUAUUGCCCUCUUCGCUUCUUUUCUACCGUUCUGGCUCGUGGUACCAUAGAGUCAAGCGCGCAGUUUUAGACCAUUCUGUUCUUGUCUCUUGGGCUCUCAAUGCCAUACUUCUUGUCUCACUUGUCCUGGUGAUUGUGGGUAAAUCCACAGCCCGAUGCAAGGCGAGUCCCGAUGACCAAGGAGGUCGUUAUAGUCCAGCGGAAGAUGCGGUGGAAUAUGUCCCGGUCCUCUUCAAGCUGGGAAAUAGUCACGCCAGCUCUCCAUACCAGGGCUUUCCGACGGACGAGACCGAUCGAUUAUGGCAAGAGCUCUAUGGCGUCGGCACUUUUAUACAUGUUGAUGAGGACGCCGGCAAUCGUCUUCUAAAUACGUCUGUCAAAGCGCCAGUCGUAGGUAGUGAGAACGACCUCAUGGUUGGCCUAGACGUAUUCCACCAGCUACACUGUCUGAAUCAGAUUCGAAUGGCCUUCUAUCCCCGGCGGUACAACACAUCGUUGACAAACCCUGACGGCACAGUCAAAUACAUUCAAUGGCUGCACAUAGACCAUUGUGUAGAGUCGCUUCGCCAAUCCAUCAUGUGCCACUCGGACACCAGUUUGAUCACGUAUAAGUGGCUGGAGAGCAAGAAGAUUACGGAGCCGGAGCUUGAAGUAGUUCACAUGUGCCGAAAUUUCGACAAGAUUCAGGAUUGGGCAUCUCAGCGAACCGUAAGCCUCGGUAGCAAGAGGCUUCAUGUUGAGAAUGGAGCCAUAGUCGACUAUACGGGCCGGGGCCCUGAUCCCGAGACUGUUGUGGCGGACAAUAUUCCGUCCGGGUGGAAUUAUACCAUAGAAGAUCUGUAG